AUGGCAACUCCCGCAGAGUCACCCAAGUCGGCCUACAAGCCUAGGUACAUCGAUAUUGGUAUCAACCUGGCCGAUCCCAUUUUCCGAGGUCUGCAUCACGGCAAACAACGCCACCCGAAUGACCUUGACGGCGUCAUCUCAAGAGCAAAGGAGGUCGGAUGCUCCAAGCUGAUCGUCACAGGCUCCGACUUCACUAGCUCUCGAGACGCUCUAGAAAUUGCGAAGCAGUAUCCCGGCGUCGUCUAUACGACGAUUGGAAUCCACCCGUGCAGCAGUGCGAUAUUCAGCAGCUCGGAAGAUGCCGCGGAGGGCGUGCAUACCGACCCGGACCCUUCCAAGCCCAUCCCGGACCACCAUGAGCCGGACCAUGGCAAGACGGAGGCCAUCAUCACCGAGCUCCGUAAUCUCAUUAAGGACUCAACCGCCUCCAGUUCCGGUCUCGUCGCCUUUGGCGAAUUCGGUCUCGAUUAUGAUCGACUACACUACUGCUCCAAGACCAUCCAGACCCACUCCUUCGCGGCGCAGCUCGACCUCGUUCUUGAGACGAAGCCGCAGCUGCCCCUAUUUCUUCACUCGAGAGCCGCACACGAGGACUUCGUCCGAAUUCUCAAGGAAAAAUUCGGCAACAAGCUUGAGAAGCUCGAGAAGGGCGGCGUUGUCCACAGUUUCACUGGCACCUUAGAGGAAGCCAGGGAGCUGAUGGACCUUGGCCUGUACAUUGGCAUCAACGGCUGCAGUUUCAAGACUGAGGAGAAUUGUGAGGUUGUCAAACAGAUCGCACUCGACAGAAUGAUGAUCGAGACCGACGGCCCGUGGUGCGAGAUUCGGCCAAGCCAUUUUGGUUACAAGUACCUGAUCGAGAAGAAGCCAGAGGCCAACGGUAAUGCAGAAGGGGCGGCGAUGCCGGAACCUGCUCAGAAGCCCCAGGGCAAGAAGAAGAACCAGAAGAAGGAGCCCGAAGUGCCCGAGCGCUUCAAGAUCGUCAAGAAGGAGAAGUGGGAGGAGGGUGCCAUGAUCAAGGGUCGGAACGAGCCCUGCAUGAUUGAGCGUGUCGCUAAGGCUGUAGCAGGCAUCAAAGAAGUGGAUGUCGAAGACAUCUGCGAAGCAGCUUGGACAAACACUGUCAAGGUUUUUGGCGUAGACCAAUAG